AUGCCAAAAUCAGAUACCGCAUUCUCGGUGUCAGCGGCGAAAGCCUUUUUCGAAGCGGCUAAGAAACCUGAAGUGCGUGCGGCUGCCGUGGCGGCAGCAAAAAACCCAUUUGUUCGCAGUGUCGCCAAAUCGGCUGCCACAAAUCCAGAAACAAGGAGUCAACUGAUUGCAGCUUUGGAAAGGCAGUACGGCGCCAAAAGUCCUGACGCUAAACCAGGCACCCCAUCUGCCAAACAAAAGCAUGAUGCUCCCCGCCGCCCACCACCACCACCUCAUCGUGCUCCCUCCGGUCACUCUACGACGUCAACCACUUAUUCAUCGUCGAGCUACACACCUUACACACCUGCACCGCCAAGUACUUCGGAUUACUCAAAGCCGCUGCCGUCGAUGCCAUCUACAAGUUCAUACCGGGCUCCUGCACCUUCGAACGGGGCCGUCUAUCCCAUCGUUGGUGAAUGA